AUGGCAGGACCUGAACUUCUAAAACUGCUUUCUGUAAUAUGCUUGGCCAUGUUUCUCCAGAGCGCACAAGCCUGCUACAAGAGGCUUGUUUAUCAUGGAGAAAUACCACUACUUUAUAUUGAUGAUUGCACUUCAAAUUAUGAGCUCGGUUUAUUGGUGGGCGAGACUUUUAGCUCCACAAUAAAGGGACGUAUGCGAGACAGUCUCGCUUUCCAAAAAGUCCAGGCCUACUGCAGCACCAACUGGGGCCGGGAGCUGCUCACAGCCCUCGAGGACCGCCACCGCAUUGCCUUCCCCGCGUACUUCUCCGAGCUGCAGGGCCUGGCGGCGGGAAGCGGAGUUCCAUUUGACCAGAUCUUUAUGUUGAACCUGCGCCAGGAGAUUCUGGCCGCGGGCGAGUCGCCGGAAGUCCUCCAGGGGUUUCAGCAGUGGCUCACACACCGCAACAGCUCCCUCAGCGACGGGGACAGCUUCAACAUCACCCAGGGGGCCCCCGCCCACCUCCCUGGAGACGACGGCAUCAGGACCGCUGGACAGCGGGCGGGGGCACAUAACGUCAUCAAGGACAACUGCAGCGGCGGCGGCGGAAUCCGCAGCCGCGGUGAUGUCGUACAUGGUGGCGGCUUGGGAACCGACGGGAGUGACGCCAGCGGCAGUGGGACCGGCGGCGGUGGCGGUACCCAUAUCGAUCCCACGUCCGUAGAUGCCUGCAGUGAUGUGGGUGUGCGGCUGCCGGGCUCUGACGGCCCGCUUGGAGCGGCCCCGCACAUCCUGUUGGGGCACAACGAGGACAUGACCAACGACACGCUGGGGCGAAUGUACUUCAUCCGCGCGACCAUGCCGCUUGCGUCCACCGCCUUCGGAGCCAACACCGCCGGGGUGGCGUUUACGCUCAAUGCGCUGUAUCCCCGCGGUGCGCUGCUUCCCGGUCUGGGUCGCAACUUCCUGUCUCGGCGGCUGCUGGACUCAAGCAGCGUGGAGGAUGCGCUGGAGGUACUGGCGGUGGGAGACCAGGCUACCGGUCGGUCGGUCAACCUCAUGAGCACGAAGCCUCCGAUUGCUUUGUGGAAUGUGGAG